AGUAUUAUCGUCAGAUGUAUAUCGAUGCAUAUUCUCGUCGUAAUCUCGUCGGUGUGAUAAUCGGUUGCAUUUCAUUAUCAAAUUUUGACACGAACGGUUCGAAAGGGUAAUUACCACUCCAUCUCGAGAUUACCCUCUAGUUUUCGGUGAUUGCAUAGCACCGACCUUCGAUUCUUCCGUUUUCUCCUUCCCCAACCUCAUCAUCAUCACCACCACCACCGCCGCCACCACCUCCAUUACCUCCAUCACUACCACCUCCACCUUCACCUCCAGCUUCAUCUCCACCUCCGUUUCCUCCUCCUGCUGCUCGUUUUCCCUCUCCUACGCUGUCGCAUUCUCCACCUCUUCCUCUUCCUUCUACGCGGUUCGCGUAUCGUUACUACGAGCGCCUGGUUGUCAUGCGUCGACGGUGCUUGUGAUAAGGCUCGACCGUAUCGGACUGUUUCUCGUCGAUAAUUCGCGAUCCACCCGCCAAUGUUUCGUUCCCUGUAACUCGCCUCGUCGUAUCAUAGUGAUUUUUACUACGUAUCUUUUCUCCCGAGGAUAACUGGCAAAUAGUUUCGAAUUGUUGGUGCACAAGUGCGGCGAUAUAACAUAUAAUAUACUCUUCGAGUGUUGGUUGUUCCAUUCGAUUCGCAACUAUUCGAUGCUCUAUUUGUCAUUUUGUGUCGAGCCGCCCGUUUAUCAUCCGCUACACGUUCUUGAGAUCUCGACGGGACGAGUGCGAAUGUCAUGCCGCCACGACGAUAAGAAUUGGGAAGAGGAAACUCGAGAAGAAGGAGUAUCGAAAAGGGGGGAAGGAAGGAUCUCGAUAUGCGAUCGAUCGAUUUGAUCGUCGAUUUAUGGUGACCGUGAACGUAUAUACCGUGAUUCGUGCUCGCAACUGUGAACCUGCGAAAAAUCAUUGUGUCAUCGUUAAAACGGACAACCUGCCACUGCUCAUCGGCAGGUCGAUCGAUCGAUAAGAAUAUUAGUUAGUCGACGGAUCGCAGAGUGCGUUCAAUGUUUUGCUAUCGUCGCGAAACCUGCCGCUGUACCUUAGCGUUGGAAAGAACAGCGGCAGGUCGACGAUGUUUUCGUUUCUCUCGGAAAGCAUGACGCCCGAUCACGUGUGAUAAAUUGUGAAAGCUUCGUUUCGAUGUUGAUCUCGAUUUAAUUUCCAUCGAUAACCGCGAUUGAUCGAUUAGAAAAAAUAACAAACGAGUCUCGUAAAGAGAGAGAGAGAGAAAGGGAAGAAGAUACGGAAUGAACGGUGAAAAAUUUUGACGAGAAGAAGUCGCAACAAUCUUCUUUGUUUUUUUUCCCCCUCUUUUUUCUCGAGAAGAACGUUUCCCCCGAAAACAUGGAAUUUCUCGGAGUCGCUCGAUACGAUUACUCGUUGCCUCUGGGACGCGCCACAUUUGCUCUCUACUUUCAAAUCAAAUAAUAGGAUUGAUAUUCCUCGAAUCCUAAGAUUCUCUUCCCUUUCCCCGAGUUUCAAAAGAGGAUUAAACAUAAAAGGAAAGAAGAUAUGACACCGUGGAGAUUUUGAUCGAGAUCAACGACCCCCUCCCCCUCCUCCUCGUCGAACGAUGGCGCAAUAGAAACGAACAACGCAUCGCGAAAAAAUGACCGCUCGGAACGAUCGUUCGACUGUCCGAUUCGCGUAUCCCGUUCAACGUAGAGGGCGAAAAGAGGGUGAAAAAGUUUAUGUUUCGGCCGAAUAAAAUUCGGCGAUCCACAGCUUGGAUGCUUGGCAUCCAACUCGAUACGAAAUUCGACUCGACAAUAAUUGCGGAGCAUGCUAGUCCAGGAGGAAGGCGCAAGGGUAACGAUACUGACAGAUAUUCCGGCCAGCCUGGAAGAAUCGUGGAAGAACGAUAAUUCGAUAGAACGAGGCGGGGAUAGAGCCACCGUUUCGCCGAUUCCUCGAAAUCGGUCGGGAAAAGGAGGAUUAUUCGAAGGAUUUUCUACGCUUGGAUCGUAGCGACCACCUGCAACACGAAAUUCGAUAGUGAGAGUGGAUACAGUCGUGGUGGGCAGGAUCGAUAAGGAAGGAGGAGCGAAACGGAUAUUUAAAGAUAUAUAUACAUAUAUAUAUAUAUAAAGAAGAAGUAGCUUCGGCGUUGGGAAUCGUGAAAAGACGAAGAGGGGGAGAAUAAUUUUGAAAAUUGGAUGGUUCGAAGGGGGUUGGACGUGGCGAGGCCAAUUUGGGAGCAGUUAGAGGCAAAGCCAGAGACAGAAUCGUGUUCGAAGUCGGUGCCAGAGUUGGAGUCGGUGUUGGAGCUAGAGUUAGAGCCGGAGAAGCAACGUUUCUACGAUUCUCCGCCACCACGGAUGGACGUGAGCGUGUGCUGUUUGCCCGCUAGUGCCGGCUCGGGGGCCCAGCACCCUCAUCCAGCGAGUUUGCCCUCCGGCGGACAGCCGACGAUUCAGCAACCCUAUCAGUAUGCCGAUCAGAUAGUACCGGAUCGGGGUCAACCCGACGGAUUGCCGGUACUUGGUUGUACCGGCCAGGACAACUGGCAGCAGAUAUCCUCCGCUUCGAACGUGGUCGGCGCUGUUACCGCCGCCGCGACCGCCACCACCACCUACAUCGAUUACUCCUGGUUGCAGAUGCAGCAGACCUCGGACCUGGACACGUUGCUGUGCAGACAGGACCUCGACCGGCUGCAGAAACUCGACGAGGAUGACCCGGAGAAGGAGCCGAGGGAGCCCUCGGUCCAGAUGGAGGACUUUUUCGAGGUUGGGGGGCCGGUGUGCCGGCCGCAGGCGAGCUUCGUCUCGUCGAGGAGUCAUCAGCCGGCGGCCAACGACGACGACGUGUUCCUCAGGCCGCCGCUCUGGGAGGACAUCACCUCGAGCAUACAAAAGCUCGACCCGGAGAACGCGGACAUGUUGGGCUCCCAGUCCCACGUGAAAAUGGAGACCGACGACGUCACCUCCCCCGUAUUGUCCCCCGUCGAGAUCAAAACCGAGCCGUUGCCUCCCCCACCGACCCUCCACCUCCUCGAGGGCCCGGCUUCGAACCCCAACUACGCCAACGGCCAUCCGAAUCCCCCCCAACAAGUCGUUCACCAUCGGCCACCGCCGUCCACCGCCUUCAAAACCUUCCCCUCCGGCAACAACAACAACAACAACAACAACAACAAUAACAACAACAACAACAACAACAAUGGAAGCGGUGCCAAACACGAAAACAGCAAUGGCAGCAACGGCGGCAGCGUCAACGGUAACGCGAAUACUAACAGCAACAACAGUAGCGGGAACAACAACAACAACAAUAGUAGCAACGACUCGACGACGAGCCACCACGGGGGGAAUCAGAUCGGUGGUAGCGCGACCUCGCCUCUCUACGGCUCGAUGACUAGGUUAAUGUACAUUUCCCCGCUGACGCCGCCGAUUUCCGACCCCGGCUCGCCGAUAGGGGCGCCACCGAGGCGGACACCGCCUCCACCCUAUCCCCAGCCGUCCAUUAUGAAUCCACCUCACAGGAUUCAACCGCCCGCCAUCACCACCAAAUUCAACAGGCGGAACAAUCCCGAGCUGGAGAAGAGGCGCGUUCAUCACUGUGAUUUCAUAGGUUGUACAAAGGUCUACACGAAGAGUUCGCAUUUAAAGGCGCAUCAACGGAUACACACAGGUGAAAAACCGUACCAGUGUCAGUGGCCGGAAUGCGAGUGGCGAUUCGCCAGAAGCGACGAAUUAACUCGCCACUAUCGAAAGCAUACGGGCGCGAAGCCCUUCAAGUGUGCCGUGUGCGAGCGUUCCUUCGCCAGGAGCGACCACCUCGCCCUUCACAUGAAACGGCAUCUUCCGAAGCAGCACGCCAAGUGACCGUACCGCUCCUCCGAGACUCCGUCUCCGUCUUCGUCUUCGUCGAGUGACUCCUCGAGCGCGCGCCCUCCUGACGAUCUCCUUCAGCCUUUUCCCCAACCGUACCAGCAACAAACUCACGAACUUUGUUCAUUUAUCGAUUAACAAUUUUCGGGUAUUCCGAGAUCGCUCUAUGCCUCGUUUAAUUUCAACUCGAAUUUUCAAUUCUAUUGAAUUUUUCUCGUACAUCGUGAAAUCGUUUCGUUAAAAUGUCGAAAAAAGAUCGAGAGCAAGCUAAUCGAAAGCAAGUAAUUCUCUAAUGACUUAAACGUGUUGGCUAGAAAUAGCAGCAGCGGCUGGACCACUGCUACUUUUCUGCUCUGUGUAUCUUGCCGUUUUGAAUAAACAACGAACGGUAAAUGUAAAUUGCAUUCAGCGUUUUCGAAUCUUGGGUUUU